AUGGUUUAUCCAGCUAUCGAAGUGACUGUCGUCACUGUUGGAAAUCGCACGAUCGAAGAUGAAUCAACAGAAGACGGGCAGAAAUACAUGAAGGCCUUUCAUGCAGCAGCUACGAGCAUUCCUGGCUGCUCUCGCGGCUGCUGGGGUAGAAGUGAUAAAUACCCAGACGAGGUCAUUCAUUUUAUCGACUACGACACGCGGAAACAGCACGAUGUUCACAAAGCCCUGAUUAAUGGGCCAACACCACCAAUUCUUUUGGAUGUCCAAAGCAAUGAGACCGUAUACGUUAUACACCCAAAUACGAACGAUCGCAACAAAGUGUAUUAUGCUCCUUACACUACCGUGACUUUCUUCUGGGGAAUAGAUGAAAACGAAUGGGCUGUUGCGGCACCUGAAUUUUUCGCUGCAGUCGCUAAUUCUAAUAGUUGCACUGGAUAUAUCUGGGGUGAAGUCGACAAGCCUAUUCUCUCUGAUUUUGAUGGAUAUGCUUCGUUAGGAAGUGGAAAAUGUGGGAUCUUGAUCGCUGGUUGGCGCAGUAAAGGUCAGCAUGACCAUGAUACGAAGAGCCAACGAGUUACCAGCGCUUGGGAUGCUAUACAGAAGGCUUGUGCAAAGGCAGAUGACUGGGGCACAAGCUUGAGGAUUACUGAGAACACUGGCCACAUUCAUAGAUGGAGCACCCCAUUGGCCAUCAAGGAUCGUUCUGACUGGCUUCCAGCCGCUGGAAUGAUCUAA